AUGUACGGCGACAACAUCAAAGGCAAGGUUUUUGUGAUAACAGGUGCCUACAGUGGCAUCGGAGUUGAAACCACCAAAGCUCUACUAUCCGAAGGCGCGAGCAAGGUCGUUAUCGGAGGUCGACGUCAAAAUCUACAGGAUGAUUUUAUAAAAGAAAUGAAAGAAUCAUUUGCGGCAGAUCGCGUUGACGGACACCUAAUCGAUCUAGGUGAUCUUGCAUCCGUGAAAAGAUUCGCAGAGUACGUAAACGCAAAGUACAAGACCAUCCAUGUUUUAAUCAACAACGCGGGGGUCAUGAAUACGCCUCCCGGAGUGACCAAAGAUGGAUUUGAGCAGCAAAUGGGUAUCAACGUAAUUGGCCAUUUCCUGCUGUCAAAGUUGCUUAUUGAUAAAACAAAGCGCCAAGUUUGGUUGUCGUCGACGGCCCACACUAUCGGAAAAGGGCCACGGAUCGACAUGAAUUACAUAAAGACAUUCUCUAUGGAGAACAAGAAGGGGUAUAGUGGUUGGAAAGCGUAUCAACAAAGCAAGCUGGGUAAUAUUUUGGUUGCCAAGGAAUUUCACAAACGCUAUCCCAACGUUGAGACGGUUUCUUUGCAUCCGUCUGCUAACGCUAUUCUCGAAUCAUGGCAGGGUGGAAUAAAUACAAAUCUGGGCCGCACCACCAAUUUCGUCAGCGCGCUGAAAAUUCUUUGGAUCGGCUUGCCGGACGAUUUGCGCAUGAAAAGCGUACAAGCUGGGGCCUCAACCACCGUUACUUGUGCAGCGCUUCCAUCACACGAGCUUAAAGUCGCGGGGUACUAUCGGGACUGCGAUCCUUAUGAAGAGUAUGACUGCGCUAAAAAUGAGGAAGAUAUGGCGGCCCUUUUCGAUUAUUGCGAUGAGGUUACAAAAAUGUUUCAGUGA